AACAUUUGAUUUUUAAAUAUUUAUUAGUAAUUAGUGACCAAAUUGUCUGUUAAUUAAUAGUUAUUUAUAACUAUAAUAAUGAGUCGUUUAGUGUCGGCUUUCAAGACAUUUGGUCAGCGCUUGUCCUCUAUAUCACUGCCUCCUCUUCCUGAGAAACUUCGCGGCGGAUCUAUUGAGAGAGGAAUGGAGUACUUGAAGAAUGUGGUCAAUGAUUACAAACAAGUAAUGAUUGAUACGAAAGACGAGUGUCGACACCGACCUCUUAAGGCAUCCGUUUAUGUCUCAUUGAUGUCGGCUUUUGGCUACUGUAUGGCCACAAAUCCUAAUGAAAAAGAUUUGACACAACAAUUGGUUGAGUGUCACAAUCUAUUGUCAGCGGUUCCCAAAUCCAUAACAAACACAAAUUCCUGUGAUUUUGUUUUAUAUUUGAAUCAAUUAGUGAACGAAAAACUCUUGAUUCACCAAAGUUUUGGAUUUUUUUCAGUCCUAUAUCUAAGUGAUUAUCCCGAAGAUUGUUGUCUUUAUGAAAAUCAAUGUCCGUAUUUGCGAUCAACUAUAAAAUCAUAUAUAUUUGACCGCAUUGUUGAUAUCGGUUUGAUUGGGAAAUACCGGCUUUUGGACACCAAAAUGAUUGACUAUGACAUCAAUCCUCUUGAGUGGCAAACUUCAUGACAUUAAUAGACUACACUAUAGUUAUAAUAUGUACCGAUAAGUGGUAUUUAGUUUUGAUUAAAUCAUAUACAAGUGUUUAAUGCA